UUCUGUGACACUUGAGAGAAGUUGGAAGUUGUUAUGUUGUCAAGCUAGUGACUUGUUUUAGUAUGAACUGCACCGCUGACGUCAUUGUCUGAACAGAUACUAGUCAACAACGUCAACAGGUCCUCAAUGAUAGCAAAAGCCACGCAAGGAAAGAGGGUGACGGAGGUCAGUCAGGUGCAAAAAUACCAGUAUGGAUUGCAACGGAAACACUGAACUGACAAAGGAAAAGGAAGUGGUGUGUAAGAUGGGCAUCAUCGCGGAUGUACAAUAUGCUGAUAUAGAAGAUAGAUACAAUUUCCGGAAAACACGAUUAAGAUUUUAUCGAAAGGCCUUGACCUUGUUACAACGAGCCGUAUCAGACUGGACAGCGGAAGAAGCAAAUUGUGUCCUUCAACUUGGUGAUGUCAUCGACGGAUUCAACAAAGAGGAGAAGGCUUCGGAAAGUGCCUUAAGAACGGUUCUUGAAGUACUGAAAGCGUUUCCGGGUCCGAUAUAUCACACAUGGGGAAACCAUGAGCUCUAUAAUUUCACACAGGAAGAACUCAUGAGCACCCCUCUAUUUAGUGGUAACAUGCCGCAAUGCACAUGUCCAAAGGGGAAAUCUUACUACUCAUUCAGCAUACAUCGGAAGUUGAAAGUUGUCGUGCUUAACUGUUAUGAAAUAAGCAUGUUGGGAUUGUCAGAAGACUCGCCUGCUUAUAAAGAGGCCGAGACAAUAAUAAAGGGCAAUAAUCCAAAGGAGAAUUUGAACGAUCCUGACGGACUUCGUGGAAUGUGUCGUCGUUUCCUUAAGUUAAAUGGUGCAAUAUCAGGAACACAAAUGGACUGGUUGAAGGAACACCUUAGGGACGCUACAAAUAAGAGAGUAAAUGUUAUAAUCAUGGGUCACUGUCCUAUAUUUGAGCAUAGCGCAAACAAUAUGGAUUUAUUGUUAAACUGCACAGAUGCUAUGGAGGUCUUAACCGAUUUCAGUGACUGUGUCGUUUGUUACUUAGCUGGUCAUGACCACGAGGGUGGAAGUAGUGUAGAUUUUUCCGGUAUAUUGCACAUAACAUUUCCCGGAACUGUAGAGAGUCUUGAAACCGAUUCCUACGCUACAGCAUACCUUUACAACGACCAACUUGUUAUCAAGGGUAGAGGAAGUUACAACUCCUACAAAACUACAUUACGCUUUCCUCUUCAAGAAUAAUUUUAUCAUUUUUUUCAUUUCUCCUUUUUUCACUUAUAAAUCAAAUACACUAUUUUAUAUGUUACAUAUUUUGAAACAUUUUCCUCUAGUGCCUUAGAUACACUGCCAUUCUAUGUUACAUGUUGUAUUGGUAUAAAUAUUUUAUAUAAAUGAUUUGAAAGAUAAUUUGAUAUUGAACUUUGUUGACACGGAAUCGACUCACCACUGGGGAUAAAGAUCCUUUUUAAAAUUGAUAGAACACAAAUGUACGGAAGUCAAUUAGACAAAAGAAGAAAUAUAUUCAUAUCAACUCUGAAAAAAAUGUGUUAUUACUGUUAAUUAAUUUUUUAUUUCUCGUGAAGAUUCCAAACGCGUUAUAUUUUCAAACUACGUGGUGUUUUUUUUCAGUGGUCCAAUUCUGAUUCUUACAAAUGUAUUACAGCGUAAUAACAACCAUUAAUCAGCAAUAAUUUGUGAUUCUUGUUAGCCUUUUAUUAUAUACAUAUAUAUACAGAGAUCAAUUUACCAUUUAUUUUCACGGGUCCUUUUUAAGUUUGUUUUAGAAUAG